AUGGAUUUACGCAGUAGCUCAUUGUAUAACCUGACAAUCACAUUCGUAGAAAUGGCUAUUCCAGUUUCACUUUUGCGAUUUGGUUUGUCUUCAAAUGUUGCGUGUACAGUAAAUGAUGUUCCAGACGUCAGGUAGCCAGACUCAGUUCCUGUUCUCGCCUCCGUCACCGUCUACUGUUGUCUAGUAUUGUCUGUAUCUGCUGUCCACAAUGUCUAACCGACGCUAUGGAUACUUCGAGUGUGAUGAAUGUGGUUCAUCCUGGGAGAGUGCCCAUGUCUACUGCGAUGGUUUCGAGCCGGUGUACGAGCAGGACUGCAGGACAUGUGACACCCCCUGUCUGCCCAUCCGUGUAGAGAAGCUCAUCUGCUCCGUAUGCAACGAAAGGGAUUGCAUAUGUACUGAAUGUGGCGAAAGAGAGAGGAACAUCGACCCCAGCAAAGCACACCGAUCUGACCUCUGUCACAAGUGCCAGUUAGGCUACCCCUGUCAGUAGACAGACCUCCACAUAUGUAAUCUAUGAAGUGAACUUCUGUAGUAUGCUUGAUAGUAAGGCACAGUACUUGGUGUUAUUUACAUGUUACAGGUACUGAUUUACAAAAAAUGAGGGGACAAAACUCAAUAUCGGAGAAUAUCAUUUACUGCUGUUUCAAAUAAAAGAACGACAUGCUAUAAGUUAUGAUACUGAAAUUCACGCUUCUAGUGUAUUGAAUACAUUCCACAUAAUGUCUGUCAUCGACAGACAUUCUUCCACUUCCAACCGUUCCCUUAUUCUAUCUUUCAGUAUAUACACACUCUCAUCUGCCGCUGGUUGUUUACUAUCUAUAUUCCGUUUCCAGGACCUCUACAAAAUAUACCUUUUCUACCUACGCUUCAUUACCCAACAAGACCUUGUUUCUGUGUAAUAUCAUUCCAUGAUUAAAUCUUAAAAUACA